AUGGAUAUUGAGAUGCUGGGUGCUCCCCAAAUCUCUGCCAGCAGUCGAUUCUGUGCCUCAUGCAAAAAGCCAAUGCCCAACGAUGCACUCUAUAAAUCAUGCGAGCCAUGUCUAACCAAGAAACGGGAAUACCAGGGAAGAUGCGCCACCGAACGAAAGAAGCAAAUAAUGGCUAUUAGGGAAGUUGUUGGGAUAAAAAGGAAGACUGAGGAUGUUGUUUUGGAUGCGAACGCGAAGAAGAAAAGAGUCAGACAGAUCUUAUGGGAAGUGCAAGUAACGGAGUCAGUGCAGGACACCCGGGUUGCCCCUUUCGCACACGCAAACGCAAGCGUGACAAACGCAAAUGCAAAAUUCACCUUGCCCGACUUCUACAAGCUAAUCAAAGCCCAGCCAAAGCUCGUGAACGCCUGCCAUUCCAUCAUUUCCAUCGCAUCCAUCAAUGAUCAGAAACGUACCAAGCUUGUGUCGAAAGAUCUCCUGUCCUUUGCUGAGCUCAAGUUCGACCGGUUCGAGAAUGUUUUCAACGGGACACAUCUUCCUGGUACCUAUAGGCGUAUCUUCAAGUGCAAGUGCCAGUCGAAGGAGCAGAAGCCGUUGAAGCGGAGGGCAAGCGACUUGAGUUCUUGGGUUGUUUCUUCGAAGUCCAAAUUGCCGGAGGGCCCUUGCUCGGGUAGGAUCACUGUUGUCACGGAGGAUGAUAAUUCUCAUCCUUUAGGUAUCCCUGGGCGAAAGGUUACUGUCACCGUUAACCACUAAAGCUUGUCCUUGUCUUUUCUUCUUGCUUCGAUUUACCUUAUGCUUGUAGAUA